UUUCCGGAUGUGUAUUUUUUGUGUGUGUCUUAUAAGUUCCUGUAAUAUUAGGCAUGUACGGAUGGCUAUCUGCUAGUCCUUCCUUAUAUGAUAUACGUUUUUUAUAUAUGUAUAUUAUUUAGAGAAAAAUAUAACCAUUUGGAGCCAUGGUGAUCCUGCGAGAGGGGCUUUGCCCUGGCUUAUCAGCUGACAUAAUUAUAGCUCUGAAGAAAAACAAUGUGAAAACAGUAGUUGAUCUGGUUGCUUCUGAUUUAGAAGAUCUUGCUCGGAAAUGCUCUUUGUCAUAUAAGACACUGGUAGCUGUGAGACGCGUUCUGCUUGCUCAGUACUCUGCAUUUCCUUCUAAUGGAGCAGAUUUGUAUGAAGAGCUGAAGAGUUCCAAAGCCAUCAUUCCCACAGGCAUCCAGAGACUAGAUACUCUCCUGGACUCUGGAUUGUAUACAGGAGAGUUAACAGAGAUUGUUGGAGCAGCUGGCAGUGGCAAGACCCAGGUGUGUCAGUGCCUCGCUGUGAAUGUGGCUUGUAGUAUAAAGCAGAGUGUUCUGUAUAUGGAUACCACUGGGGGGCUAACCGCAUCACGUCUCCUGCAGCUGGUGCAGUCCAGGACUGAUCAGGAAGAUGAGCAGGUAGAAGCACUAAAGAGAAUUGAAGUGGUCCACGUUUAUGAAGCUUACAAGAUGUUGGAUGUGCUACAGGAUUUAAGGCAAAGUAUUUCUCAACAGUUGUUGAGAUCUGGAGAUCCGCUGAGACUUGUGAUCAUUGACUCAAUCUGUUCAGUAAUUUACCCACUUCUAGGAGGACAUCAGAUUGAAGGUAUGGCCAUAAUGAUGCAUCUAGCACGGGAACUACAGACCCUAGCCCAUGAAUUCAAUCUGUCUGUUUUUGUAACAAAUCAUAUCACUAGAGAUGGAGCCAAUUGCAUACGCCCUGCUCUGGGUCGAUCAUGGAGUUUUGUACCUAGCACUCGCAUCCUAUUGAGAAGACCAGAAGAAGCUAAAGGGAGCCAACAUCGCUCUGUAACACUUCUUAAAUCACCUCGACAGCCCAGCAACCUGCAAACAGAGUUGGACAUUGGAUUCUGUGAGACAUUAGAGGCUAACAGUGGGGAAACUGCAACUUGCUCAUAAUGUUACAUCCUAUUUUGACUGUUUAAAGUUCUAGUACAACACUUUUAUAAAUAAAUUGUAUAACAGAACCUUCUUGUGUGUCAAAGGAAGUUCUUGGUGUUUGAAACAUGCUGUAAACUUUUUUUCCCAGGAAGAAGAGAAAUCAACAGAGGUCAUCUCUCUUCAUUGUAUUGGUUUUAAUAAGUGAGAAACAAUAAAGCCAUAACAACUAUAUUAACUUAA